AUGUACGCCAAGUUCGCUACCCUCGCUGCUAUUGUGGCCUCGGCUGCUGCCCAGCAGGCAUGCUCCCUUACCGCCGAGACGCACCCUGGGAUGCAAUGGUCCAAGUGCACAUCUGGAGGCAGCUGCAGCACUGUCGCGGGGUCCGUCACCGUUGAUGCCAACUGGCGUUGGACUCAUGCUCUCACAAGCGCCACCAACUGCUACGAUGGCAACAAGUGGAACAGCACCAUUUGCAGCACCGACAAGACCUGCGCCGCCCAGUGCUGCCUCGACGGCGCCGAGUACGCCAACACGUACGGUGUUACUGCCAGCGGCAACUCGUUGGGCCUCAAGUUUGUCACCAAGGGCCAGUACUCGACCAACAUUGGCUCGCGUACUUACCUUAUGGAGUCCGACACCAAGUAUCAGGGCUUCACCCUAUUGGGCAACGAGUUUACCUUCGACGUGGACGUUUCUAACCUUGGCUGUGGUCUCAAUGGCGCUCUCUACUUCGUCUCCAUGGAUCUCGAUGGCGGCCUCUCCAAGUUCUCUGGCAACAAGGCCGGUGCCAAGUACGGAACAGGAUACUGCGACGCACAGUGCCCUCGCGACCUGAAGUUCAUCAACGGAGAGGCCAACAUUGAGGGGUGGAAGAGCUCAUCCAACGAUGCCAAUGCUGGCACGGGCAACUACGGCUCUUGCUGCUCCGAGAUGGACAUCUGGGAGGCCAACAACAUGGCAACUGCCUAUACUCCCCACCCGUGCACCGAAAUCGGUCAAACUAGGUGCCUGGGCGACGCUUGCGGCGGCACCUAUAGCAGUGACCGCUACAGCGGUGUGUGCGACCCUGAUGGCUGCGACUUCAACUCGUACCGCAUGGGCGACACCGGCUUUUACGGGCAGGGCAAGACGGUUGACACCAAGUCCAAGUUCACCAUUGUUACCCAGUUCCUCAAGAACGCCGCCGGCGAGCUCUCCGAGAUUAAGCGCUUCUAUGUCCAGAACGGCAAGAUCAUCCCCAACUCCAACUCCAAGAUCGCGGGCGUUACCGGCAACUCCAUCACGGCGGGUUUCUGCGACGCUCAGAAGACUGCCUUUGGCGAUGUCGGCGACUUCAACCGCAAGGGUGGCCUCGUUCAGAUGGGCAAGGCGCUCGCCCAGCCCAUGGUCUUGACCAUGUCCGUUUGGGAUGACCAUGCCGCAAACAUGCUCUGGCUCGACUCGACCUACCCCACUGACAGCACCAGCCUCGGCGCUGUCCGCGGUGCCUGUCCCAUCACGUCGGGUGUGCCCUCCGAUGUCGAGUCCCAGGUGCCCAACUCCAAUGUCAUCUACUCCAACAUCCGCUUCGGCCCCAUCAACUCCACCGUUGCCGGCCUCGGCGAUGUCGUCGUCCCCAACCCCGGCACUAGCAGCUCCAGCUCCAUCAGCACCCCCAAGCCCACCAGCUCCACCUCCAUCAAGUCGACGUCGAGCACCAGCGUCACCCCCACUCCCACCAACGCCGCAAAGGCUGGCCACUGGGAGCAGUGCGGUGGUAUUGGAUUCAGCGGCCCGACCUCGUGCCAGAGCCCGUGGACCUGCACUGUCUCGAACCCCUACUACUCUCAGUGCCUGUAA